AUAAGCGCAGAGUGUCGCUUACACACCGCAAACUCCAAUUGGUUUUAACCUCGUCAAAACUAGAAGUAUAUGUGCCGACUGAACAGGUGCUGCUCGUGUCUACAUCUAAUGAAAACGCGGUGGUUGUUGCAGGGGAGGGGAGUAAAAAAUGUGCUGAAAAUUAAAACGCGAUCGCGUCGUACAAAGCGCGAUAGUGAGAUUGUCGGUAUACGCGCGCGUCAAACGGCUGGAGAGGCGUUUGUGAAUACAGCUCCUGUGCGCGGUGAGAUCAGCCACUCGCGAGGCGCGAUAUUGACGCGAUUAGUGCAGCGAACGACGCGAUAGACUGAACUGAUGCGUUCAUAAACAUAAGCGUGUAUAAAUCUGUGUGCGCUAUUUCAUGCGCCUGUGGUUUCAUCAAGAUUAACAGGUGUUGCUGUCGCAUAUGAGUGUAUGAGAGGCUGCCAAGUGACGCACGCCACACCGCAAACCACAAGUGCAUAGUUCGCGUUCCAAGAAGUGUUUAUAAAUCGAAUUGAUCUACGCGAAUUACUCAUUCUCAGCGUCAGCGUGCGAACGUAAUAUAAGUUUCGUGUCAACGUGCAUCAUAGAUCUGGCGCAACGUACUACUCAUAGCACUCCGUUCAGCGUCACGGCGAUUUCAUGCUAAUUUGCAAAAAAUUAUCGCUUAUACCGAAAAAGGCUUUUAAUUAAGUGUCAGUUCAAAGUGCCCGAGGGUGAAUGUGAGAAGACAACGAGCGGGUAAACUUUGAAAGUUUCUCAAACCUCAGCAUACACUAUCGAUCACCGCGCGGUAAGCGUCUGAUUGUCUGGGGGCUGGCGUGCGUCAGCAGCGUUUACUAGCUGCGGUCGAUGGUCUUUUCUGCGUCAGAGGCUUCGCGGCUGCGAAAAUGCCCAUUAUUAACAGCAAAAAAAAACAAUAACAAGCGCGCACCGAAGAACAAAAACAACGCUAACAUGGCUUGGUCACAGCUAAUCGCUGAUAUUUGCGUCAUGUAGUCUUUUGUCUUGACGUCAUUUGGCGUUGUGCAGCCAAUGCGAAUUGCAACCGUGUAUGUCGACUGCAAGAACGCUUGAAAACUAUACGUAGAGAAGAGAUCAAAAGAAAAAGGUGCUGCUGAGUGCGUACGCACCCAAUGAGAAAUAAUGAGCAAAUUACCGAUAAACAAAAAAAGUAAUAUCAGCGAUAAGCGUAAGCAAGUGGCUGAAAAACUAAAUAUUAAAUGUCAACCAGUGUUGGCGCGAAGAAUGGGCGGCUACAUCAGUCGGCGGAGCACCGGAACGACUUCAACUAACCCAACUGCCACAACAACAGCCUCAAACGCUGAUAUUUGCAAGAAAAACGUGCGAGUACCUCAGAGAUCCGUACGUAUGAGCGUUGCUGCAAAAACCAGCGUUGAUUCUCAAACGACAGCCACAUUUGUCGGUAGCACAUCCCAGUCUUCGGUCCAUUGUGUGGCGACCGAAGCACUUACUUCCGUGCACAUUCCACCAGCCUCGUUGCAUUCCAUCCCCUUGAAUGAACAUUGUGAACUAGUUGACGAAAAGGCAGAUGAUGCGUGCGGAGCAGUGAUCGCGGAUGACAUGCUCGGCUGGACUGACAUUGUUGACGGUGAGUUUUCUUCACACUCGGCGCUCAUACUAAGUGCUAUUCAAGCCACAAGAGAGUCAAUAGAUGCCAAUAAAACGGAGGAAACAACGGAUACAAAAAUAGCCACAACAAAAACGCACACGGCGGCAUUGACAGUUGCGCAACUGUCGCGUUCACGUACACCAACGAUAAAACCGCGCGCGACGUCCGCGCUGUUAGGGGCAAGCCAAUUAACGAAGGGAAAAAAGAGCAAAGCGAGCACUACUACAAUGACACAUGCGGUGACGGCGGCGACUACAACAACGGCGAAUGAGCAAACGCCGGUAGUAGCAGUGACGAGGUCUCCGGAAGGGGCGCAUUCGUCUGCUACACGACGAGUACAAUCGGCGGCUCGUUUGACGUCGCCGUUGAGAAUGGGAGGCAAACAGGUGGAAGGGGUGUUAUUGGCGGUAGAUGCGAAAUCCAAAUUCACUGAAAAUAAAUGUCCGUUGGCUGUGCUAACGAAUGUUAGUAAUCAGAGAAAACUUGAAGCGAGCACUACGAUAUCAGAACCAAAGCGGUGUGCGCUUAACAGUAACAACAUCACCCUAAGCGAAUACAUCGACAGAACAAGUGAAGUAUACGUAGCGCGCAACAAGUGGCCAGGAGUUGUCGAUUUAGUCAACUCGGAGUAUGAUCCUGCUUGUGAGACAAGAGCACGCGCAGACACAAGCACCAACAACAAUAGCAAGGAUAUAAUAAGGGCACUGACUUUGGCAGCGCGAAAGGCCAAACUGAAAUCGGAAUUUUUCAGAGAUUUCGAAUCGCAAGAGCAAGCAGUCAAACGUUUAACACAACCCUCGACACUAAUUGAUGAUUGUGGGAUAUCGCGACAAUCACAGUUGGACGCAGUUAGUACACGGUAUAGCAAAGAACUUAGUCCACACAUUGGAGUACCAACGAUAGCCGUGAACGCGGCGGAAACCUAUUCAUCCACAUCUUUAGUGGCGAGGCGCAAAUUAGAUUUAAAGAAAAAAAUUGAAAAACAAAAUAAGACAAGGACAUCUUACCCUGUAGCACACACCCAUCAAUCCUUGAUUCAUACAAUCAGUACAUUUCCACGUGUUGAAGAAUUAGUACAAAGAUUCGAAAGUCACUCAACGUGUUCCGCUAGGAAAAUGAUUGUGAAUCCGAACAAAACCAGCGAGACAGGCGAUAGCAAUAUGUUGUCCUUGAAGCCAGAGCGAUUGGAGCAGCGCAACAGUCCAUUAUCGGACGAGGGUUGCAACCUUGGACAGAGUCCUUACUCAUCUGACAAUGAGGACAACGAAUCGGCGCAGACCACUUCCGCAGUUGGCCAAACAAAGCGUAAGGAUAAAGUGGCACGCUCUGCCAGCAGUGAUUCGGCAUUAGGUUUGGACGUUGAUGAGUCAAUGGAUACAACACCCGCACAGCCACCGGUCGGAACACAACAGCGAAGAAUGACACUCACCGUUACGGAUUUGCCACUGCGACCGGCACUUUUACCGCUAGCAGAACCCACUGCACUGCCAGACACAACGAUCACCGAGCUACCACCAACUAUCAGCAAUCCACCAGCCCCAGCUACGGUGCCCAGCAAGGUGUUGUUGGAGGAACGCGUUGUAGAGCUACCGGAGGAUCCGCGUUCUUUAGCGCCAUCACAGCCAUGUUCGCGUCGCGAGUCAGCACAGAGUUGCGGUAGUGAUACUGCACCCACUGAGUUUCCGGGCGGUAGACGAUUUGUACGCACUCCUUCUGUAGUUGUGUCGGAUUAUUCCGAUGAAAUCAUGUGCGGUAUAACACUCGAAGAAAUAGAAUACUUUCGCGCACAGCGCAUGCGACGACGACAUUCCUCACUGGACACUGCCAACGAAGGUGAAGGCGAAUCGGAUGUGAGCGCCUCCUCCUCCUGCAGCAACCUAUACUACUGCGGCUCAACGAUAUCCGCAUUAGACGGCGCAGAGUGCUACGUGAACGGUGUACGUACCUCUUUAGAACGUAAAACAAGCGAUUGUUCGACAUACUCAGCCAGCGCUGACGAGGAGUCAUUCACCAUUCCCGAAGAUCCACAACAACAAACAGGCAAAGACCUGUCCGACCUACUGGCCGCACAGCACCUGAGCACGAAGCCAGCAGCUAAGAAGCCUUCUGGUUGGCGCAAGCUUCGCAACAUUGUGCAAUGGACGCCAUUUUUUCAAACCUACAAGAAACAGCGCUAUCCCUGGGUCCAACUGGCCGGUCAUCAAGGCAAUUUCAAGGCCGGUCCCGAACAGGGCACCGUCCUAAAGAAGCUCUGUCCAAAGGAGGAGGACUGUUUUCGUGUGCUCAUGAAGGACGUCUUGCGCCCCUAUGUACCGCAAUAUAAGGGGCAAGUGACCAGCGAGGAUGGUGAAUUGUACUUGCAACUGCAGGACUUGCUGAGCGAUUUCAAUCAGCCCUGUGUUAUGGACUGCAAGGUCGGUGUGCGCACUUAUCUCGAGGAAGAGCUUUCCAAGGCCAAGGAGAAGCCGAAGCUGCGCAAGGAUAUGUAUGAGAAAAUGAUACAGAUUGAUCCGGAUGCACCCAGUGAGGAGGAGCACAAGGCGAAGGGUGUGACCAAGCCACGUUAUAUGGUUUGGCGCGAGACAAUCUCCAGCACAGCGACACUGGGCUUUCGCAUUGAGGGCAUUAAAAAAAGCGAUGGCACUAGCACCAAGGAUUUCAAGACCACGAAGUCCCGCCAGCAAAUCAAACAAGCCUUCCGCGAGUUCGUCAAUGGCUUUCCACAUGCUAUGCCCCGUUACAUACAUCGUCUGCAGGCGAUUCGCGCCACACUCGAAUGCUCCGACUUCUUUCAGACACACGAAGUUAUAGGCAGUUCGCUACUAUUCGUUCACGAUCGUUAUCACGCCAGCGUGUGGCUAAUUGAUUUUGCCAAGACCGUCGGCUUGCCCGAAAAUCAAAAAAUCGACCACAGAAGCACCUGGACGGUGGGCAACCAUGAGGACGGCUAUUUGAUUGGCAUCAAUAAUUUAAUCGACAUUUUCACCGAACUCGAUGCAGAAAUUGCCGUUGAAACUUCGCUAACGCCAUCUUCGGCCUCUUCGUCGGCUUCGUUGUCGCCGAAACGCAAUUUGAGCGAAUCGGCACUCGAUGACACAGCGUCCGGCAGCAUGAUGAGAGAAGGAGAAGUGGUCUUGGAGACGAUUAAGCCAGCAAAGGUGGCUACAGUCGCCGGCACUCAGCCAACGCACAGUCCCAUCGAAACCGGCUCAGCAGCGGAGCAGCCGUCUACCAGCCUUUGCGCCUUUGCAGCAACAACGGAGGAGAAAGAGUCAGUGGAUGGCUCCCAGGAGGAGCGUUAAGCCAGCGUUCUUGAUGCUGUACGGCUUUUGAAAGCAUUGCAGAUUUUGAUGAAAAGUCGAAGGCCGCUCGAUGACUUCACUUUGACCAUUCGCUAGGGCUCGCAGAACCCCGUGAAUAUGAAGGAUAAUAAUGAAAUAAUAGAUUUAGAUGGAAAUUGAAUUACUCGUAAGCACGCAAGACUGAACACAUAGUAAUUUAUUGAGUUACAUACAUACAUGCAUGUAUUUUAUAUGAGCCUACACACAAACAUACAAACCUAUGUACCACUAAGUAAAUAAGCAGAAAUUACAAAAUAUCUAAGUUUAAGAAGAAGCUACAUUUAGCGGAAACGAGAGAGCGGAAUAAGGAUGGGCGCUAGACAACAGAACAACCGACACUGCUCAACGCGAGUGCCCAGCACGAGCGCGAGCCUUGGAGAUUUCGCGGCUUCGACAGUAGAUAAUUAGAGCUAUUGCACUAUUUAAGUUUAACGGUGUAUGCAACACACACUUCAAGCGGCUUGAAGUGGCAAAAUGUGUUGCGAUAGUUAUGUAACUGUAUUAUCAUAUCCUGUUAGCAACAAAUUGAGGCGGCGCACAGCGUUCGAUCACUCCAAACGAUUAUUGUUUGUAUUUGUAUUUUAUUAUUUUCAAAUGUCACACGCAACAUUAGCCACAUCAAUACACACACACACAUACACCUACAUAUGUACGCACACAAUCACUGUUGUUGUGUUUAAGAAAUAACUUUAAAACUUCUUAACGAGGCAAUACUUUCAAUAAAAAGCUUGCAAUACAACAAAA